UGUGUCUACUACAAAUGCAGGAGUUACAGAGCUCGCACUGUUCAACCAAGAAGCCUGCUCUGAUCUGGUUGGACGUGUGGAAACUGGUUUGGGGUAACUACUGAUGAGUAAUAGAAGCAGCGUUCAUUCCACCUCAGUGAAAACCUACGAGUGUUGUUCCAGACUGCAUUGUUUACCUGUGGAUUACAAAUUGACUCAAGCUCUUUGAAGACGAGAAGACAGGGGAGACAAGUAUAGACUUUACUACCAGUCUGCAGUCACCAUGCACUCAAAUCUUGCAAAAUUUCUAUUGCUGACAGUUAGUACUUUAUAUACAGCUGCAUUUACUCAGGCUGCUUCCACAGAGGAUGAUAUCAUUCCGAGGAUUGUUUUUCAUUACAACAGUGCAGACAGACCUGUCAAGUAUUUCUACAGGGACGGGGUCGUGAAUUACACCACACUGCUGAGAGGCUCUGAUGGAGAAACGUUGUACGUCGGUGCAAGAGAUGCCAUUUUCGCCUUGAAUGUUUCAGAUAUUGCUCCCAACAGAUUCAAAAAUGAGGUGAUUUGGGAAUCUCCAGAGCAGAAGAGGAGGGAAUGCAAUUUUAAGGGAAAGAAUUUGCAGAGUGACUGCUUCAAUUACAUCAAGAUCCUCCUUCAACUAAACAGCACUCACAUUUUUGUUUGUGGAACAAAUGCUUUCAGCCCUAAUUGUUCCUAUAUCCAUGUUGCAAACUUCUCUCUAGUCAAAGACGCUAAUGGUAAUAUUUUAACUGAAGAUGGAAAAGGUCGAUGCCCCUUUGACCCGACCUAUAAGUCAACUGCAGUUAUUGUUGAUGGAGAGCUGUAUGCAGGAACUGUCAGCAAUUUUCAAGGCAACGAGCCAAUUAUUUCAAGAAGUGGUAAUAAACCACCAUUGAAAACCGAGAAUUCUCUGAACUGGCUCCAAGAUCCAUCUUUCGUUGGUUCAGCAUAUAUACCAGAAAAUUUACCAGAGAACAAUCCUAUUGGAGAUGAUGGCAAAAUAUAUUUCUUCUUCAGUGAAACUGGCAAAGAAUUUGACUUUUUUGAGAAUACAAUUGUAUCGCGGAUAGCACGAAUCUGCAAGGGUGAUUUAGGUGGGGAGCGUGUGCUACAGAAAAGGUGGACCACUUUCCUGAAAUCCCAGCUCUCCUGUUCACUUCCCGACGAUGGGUUCCCAUUUAACAUCAUACAGGACAUGUUCGUCCUUACUCCUGGGAAAGAACAUUGGAAAAAUACAACCUUUUAUGGAGUAUUUAGUUCACAAUGGUACAAAGGUGGUGCAGCCACAUCUGCUGUCUGUUCAUUCUCUAUGGCAGAUGUCACAAGAGCCUUCAGUGGAAGGUACAUGGAAGUGAAUCGCGAGACACAGCAGUGGUAUCCCUACAAUCACAUUGUCCCAGAGCCAAGACCAGGCACUUGCAUUACAAAUGCUGCAAGAGCCAUGAACAUAACCUCUUCAUUCCAAAUGCCGGAUAAAGUGCUGAAUUUCGCCAAAGACCACUUUCUGAUGGAUGAAAUAAGGAGUCAGCCCUUGUUGAUCAAAAAACAUAUUAAAUACACACAGAUUGUUGUGGACAAAGUUGAAGCCAUUCACAGUCACUACAACGUCAUGUUUCUGGCCACAGAAACCGGGGUAUUGCACAAAGCAGUAAAUGUGAACAAUAAAAUGCACAUCAUUGAGGAAAUUGCUUUGUUUGCUGCACCACAACCCGUACAGAACCUGAUACUGGAUUCAAAACAGGGCAUGUUGUAUGCAUCUUCUUACUUGGGCGUCGUUCAGCUGCCUACUUCCAAUUGCAGCAUUUACCAGAUUUGUGGCGAGUGUGUCUUGGCCAGGGAUCCUUACUGUGCCUGGGAUGGGAUGAUGUGCAGAAGUAUCCGAGGAUUACAGUUCAAUUCUCAAUGGAAACAAGACAUUGAGACGGGCAAAGCUCAACAGCAGUGUUGGAACCCUAAUGAUUCAGCAGUGAGACCGAGGGCUUUCAGGCCACAGCGUUCUGUCCCAUGUGAGACUGUCACUGUGCCACUUAAUAGUUUCAAAUUGCUACCCUGUCACGUAAGAUCAAACUUUGCAACAAGAAAGUGGAUGCAUAAUGGAGCAGUAGCAGAUUCUAUGUACACGAUUCUUACUGACGGCGAGAUUAUCACUACAGCAGAGACACUUGGAGUAUAUGAAUGCUGGGCCUUAGAGGAAGGCUUUCAGCUGCUGGUUGCAAACUAUUGUGUGAGAGCGGACUGGUCUUUGGAAGCCACAACAGCAUCAAGAAAAUCCAUCCCUGUAGAAAGCUACGGAAAUCCAGAGAAAGGGAUAGUUAUAAACCCACUCAGUAGUGAAAGCCGAUAUGCUCAGCACACCAAUGGGAAGAAUUACUGGACUGAGUUUGUAACGGUGAGUGUAGUGUUUGCGCUGACUCUUGCUGUUUUAUGUCUCAUUUUCCUGUAUUGGAACAGAGACAGAAUGAAGUCACUGAUAAAAGAUGGAGAAUGCUCGAACAUCCAACAAAAGAAACAAAGAAAGAUUGAGAUACAAGAAAGUCUUCCUUUGAACGGAAAUCCGAUUCAGGUACCAACUCCUGACCACCACAAAGGUUACCAGAGUUUAAAUGACAACCACAUCUGCAGUACACCAGUGCUGGAAAAUGCCACCAGUGGCAAGGACUCUGAGUAUCCAGAAUCACCAAAUAGUCAGCUGAAUCAAAAAAACUUGUAUGUGGAGAUUUCCCCACGUUGCCCACAACCUAGAGUGAGAAUUGGUUCUGAAAUCAAGGAUGCUGUCGUGUGAAACACAAAGUGAGCUACAACUAUACCACUGUGGCCUUUGUAAGGGACCAACCAUAUGAAAUUGGAAAGACUAAGGCUGGUAGCUUAAAAACUACAAUUGUUGUACUGUGCCACUUGGAUAUCUUUUCAGUAUGUAAAUCACAUGCAUGGAUGGUUAUCGGUGUGACAUUCAGUUUUAGUAAAUGUGUGUAUCUGUAACCAUCAGCUGAACAGCAUGGAAAUGCAUGAUAUAUUGGAUGACAUACUAUUCCCAAUUUGUUUGCAAUUUUGGGCUUACAGUACAAGACUCUCCUUUUAUUCAGGGAGGGAGUGAUAGGAAAUCUUAGUGGAUGGAAAUAAAAUAAUUUUGUGUGCCAAAUGCACAGGAGCACACAUUUUAUAUAAUGUUAUAAGGGUUCAUUUUCAUAGGUGGACACGAUAACUCUGAAAUGUACCAAACCUUGCAUACAGCAGUGACUGCUCAAACCUUGUAUCCCACUAGUGUAUACUUACCGCACAUUUACUGAAAAUUUUCAGCUUUCAAAAUGUGGACAUCCUUCAUAUUAGAUUUAUGCAAUGAUUGUGUAUAAAUCUCCGAGUUGUGUAUUAUAAAUUAGAAUUGUAGAUGUGUUCAGAACUUCAAAUGAUUAUUCUGCAAACAAACUAAAAAGGAAAAUUGAUGGUAUCACAUUGUUAAUUUGGCAGCAGAAAUUUGACUCCAGUUUUCAAUGGGUUAAAUGUCCACAUGUAAAUCGACACGUUUCUCAUACAAAAUGUGAAUGUUUUAUUAUUGGAAACAAAAAAAACUGCUAAUACGAUGAGCCUUUGCUUCAGUGGGUAUCAAGUAGAAGAUGUGUACAUAGAUUUGUAACAGGCUAAAGGGAAGGAACUCGAGGUGAGUUAGAUGAAAAUAGAGGUAGUGGUGUAGUGCCUCAGUGUACUUUGGUUGAACCAACUAUUCCUAUAGUGGAAAUCGCAUGACAUGGUACACCUAGAUGUCUAAAAGCCCUUUGAUUAAGCACCACAUGAACGGUUUCUUUGCGUUACUGCCAGUGGGUAUCAAAAGUAAAGUAGACAUGGAUGCGGAUUAGUAGGUGGCUUAAGGGAUAGAGGCAGACAUUUGAUGUAAUUGAAAUGGAUGAAGUAUUAAGUAGGGUACCACAAGGUCCAUGUUGGAAUCCAUUUUGGUCCUAGUAUACAUGUAUGCUAUAGAGGAAUAUAAGAUGCUUAACAGGAUAGUGAAAGUAAACCUGGAAUAAUGCUUUCAGAUACUCAAAAGGCAAUAGAAAAGAACACAGGUUCAGGGUUGUGAAUUGGACAUUUAGGACAGACACGGAAUAUGUUUCUUUAAUUAAAGGCUAGACCAGGUUCUCAGAAUGGGUGGUCAAAGCCAAGACACUGGCUUUAAGACACUCAUUUAAAAAUAGCUUGGUCCUGGAAUUGGAUGAACAGAUAUUCUGGAAGGAGAUCAAUUAGGCAUAAAAGGCAUUUUCCAUCUAAACCUCUCUUGUGAAUUUGUAGUUAUAUAAAAAAACUGGUACAGUGGGGAAGACAGAUAAGAUGAUGUGUCUGCAUCUUGCUGUUGCUUUUUUUUAUUAUAUGCUAAAAAGGAUUAUUAAAGAUGGAUAUGGAGACAGACCUGAGAUCCUCGCUCCUAUUUUGAGUUGGUGAAAAGUGGAUAAUAAUGAGAAAAUUAGCCUUGCUUUAACAUUUCCAGGUUGACCCAGUAGUUGUUGCAAUUAGUGCUUAUGUUAGUGAAAGUAAUUUGUUCAAAUUGGAGCUUAUGUAGGAAAGGUUCCAAAGAUUUAACCUGGCAUUAAGGAAAAUCCAGUAAAGAGUUUUCAAGACUUAAUAAACGUUUCAGUUAUCAGAAAUAUGCACCACCAGCAUGAGGUUAGUCAUCUUUUGGGAGCAGUAGCCUUUUGGUUAAACCUACUGAUGUGUGACAAGAUACAUGACCAAUAUCUGAAUUGAAGUACUGACUGAGAUAGAUGGGACUUUUUGGAGCACAUUAUUUCCAGAUUGAGAUAGCAGAAUGAGGGCAUCACGUCCCAGAGAGAUGAUAAAGUGUUGAAUACCUCCCUAGUCUGGAUGACAAUGAGACAUCAUGUAUAGUGUUGGUGAGAAGCAGAGGUUGACAGCAUCUUAACAAUGUCCCUAACUAGGAUGGGCACCCAACCUUCUUUGGAGAAGACUGGCAAUUUAAUGCCUUUUAGUACAUUACAAAACAUCACCCUGAUUUCAUCCCAUUUCCUUUUAAGAACAGAGUAAAGCAACAAUUGUUGCAAGUGUUUGCUAUUCUUCAUUGUUAGUAUAAAAUGUUUGUAAGUACAGAUAAAUCAUGUGAUUUAAAACAGCAUUGGCAAAAGGUAGGAAAAUAUCACUCAAGAAAACGAAUUCAACCUGUCAGUCAUAUUGUAGCAAUAUCUUGUUGUAACAUGUAUACACACCAUGGUAAGUAAACUACUGAGCACUGACUAUAUCUACAGCAGUUUUAGUGUCCAACUUGUAUUUUAGGUAACAACAUGUAGCAGAAAUAUAUUGGGAUACUGUGAAUUAGUUGUACGAAAGGGAAUUAAUACCCUGAGAACCAGUGAGCUAUAGUAUAGAUGUGAAUCUCUAGGCUUCUGUACUUAAUUUUUUGAUAAUUUACCAAGUUGAGUUCAUAGUUCUUUUCUGUUUUCUACUAUUAAACACUAUUAAGGCAUUUUUUUUUAAAGCCACCAUAUCAGUGAGCAAACAUGCGCUCUCAAUCAUGUAGGACACCAGAAGGUGGUACUUCUUCAUGUCUCAGUCCAUUUAGGUCACUUUGAUGACAUGCUCUUGUAAUGAGAGGUCCCAUUGUCCAUGCAUUGUGUCAAAGAGGCUCUGAGCUUCCAGCUGAGUGGAGCAUCAUUUAGUAAUAUUUGUGGGAAAUGUGUGGUUUAUUUCUUUUUAAAAUCCUACAUUCCAAUGCAGCAAAUAAAUGCCCUUUGCUGAAUUACAUUUAAAAUGCAUUUGGUCGUCUCGUACAUAAUCAGUGUGAGCUAGGAAGAUGAUUUGAAUAACUCAUCAACUCCAAGUGAAGUUUAUUGGCGUGGAGACUGAGUAAGGCAGUGCAUUCAACAUCUCUCCUCCCUCUCUUGACUAGUCAGCACCUCCUGUUUCUUUCUGCUAAAUUGGGUGGGUUCAUGCAAAGGGACUCUGCAGGUUAUCAGUACCAAGUGUGCUACUCUUGUAUCUGGAGGCUAAGUAUUCAAUUUCAAAAUUGAAACAGUCAUAUAGAUUCAAAGCAAUGAUAUCACCUUUGUACUAGCACUAAGCCUACUUGACAUUAUUCUUUGAUUUUAUUAAAAGGCUUUAUCUUGGAUCAAACCAUCUGCAUGUAAUGUCUUACAGUACUGCCUCUUACAAUAAAUAUGAUAAUAACUUGACUAAAUACCUUUUUAGAUAAAUGCAAAACCUCACUAGGAUUUUAUUAGUCAUUAGAAUAAAGUUUUGCUUAAGAACAUACACUAAUAUUUAUGUUAUAAUUCUCCUAUAAUAUAAUACUAAUCUUAACCCAGUGGUAUAACUGUAGAAAUCACAAAUUUCUGACUGCUAAAAGUUAUUUUCUAAAUUCCUAUGCACUAUGUAAAAAAUAUUUUGGUGUGCUCUCAUCACUGUGCAUUACCAUUUAAUUUCAUAGGUUUGUUUUUGCACGUCUUGUACAUGUUUGCAAUGGCUAUAUCCCUUUUGCUGUAACCCAUGAUAAAGAAGAGAUUUUCCUUUAUAUGAGUAGAAAUCUUAGACUGUUAAGCAUCUUAUUACAAAAUGGAACUCUGCCCAUAGUUGUACUGAAUUGUUCUGGAAUCAAUAUCUGUUAGUCACUUCAGAAAUGGUUCAACUGUCUUCAAUGUUUGGUAAUACUGUGCAUUUUUCACUAUGUUAUACCCAGGUUUGGCAGUCUUAAGUAUUUCUAGAGGGUGAACAAAGACCUGUAGAAAAAUGCUGAUAGCUCAUUGGGAAAACUCUUUGUAUCCAUUUAUACUGUUGUAAUCUAAUUAUUUUAAACCAGUGACCUAAACAUAGUACAUAUUUUGUCAGGUUUUCCAAUUUGCAUUCAGAAACCCAACUGUACUUUUUAUAUUUGUAGAGUCUCUUAAGUGGUGUGUAUUUCAAAAUGUCAGUAUUGAUGCUCAGUGUGGCUAAUAGUGGUGGAAUGUGUUUGUUAUGUUUCUAAAAAGAAAAAUGUGAGCUGUUGGGGGGAGGAGAGAGUGGUGUCAAAAGCAAAAUCAGUUCUGUAAAGUUGAUGCUAAAAUCUAAUGGAACACCAAAUGCUGAUACAUAGCAUUCUUAUAAUGUGUAUACUCGUUUGACAUUUUCCAAAGUAUACACUUGAAGAAUUUAUGUAAGGUACAUUUACUUCAGCUGUGACAAAUUUGCUUAGAAAGCUACUGGUUUGAACUGAUUGUACAGGAUAAAAAGUUUAGAAA